CUCCUGCCCCUCCCCCCUCCGUUUCCGGUAUCCCCGCCCCCAGGACCAUGCAGAGGCGGUGGCGCUCGGCGGACGCGCGGCCUGACCAGUGGGUGCUCGUGGCCCCAGAAUCUGUUACUGAACUCCCAGAGAAACCUGGUGGUGGACCUUUGUUUACAAGACUGCGCAAUCCUUGUACAGGAGACGCAGCCCUCUACUUAUUCAAUAGCAGUGCACAGCAGCUGUUUGAAGUAAAAGCUUUUCAUGAAGAAUAUCAUUCUUGGUUUAUAGGUCAGUCUGUUCAACAGGAUGGACGCCUAUUGUUUGCAACGCCAAUGGAUCCUUUAUUUCUUAUACUUUGGUACCUUAUAACAGCGGAGAAAGAGCAAGGAAAGUUUCAACCGCUGAACCAAGUUGUGGUAGAUCCAGAGUUUCCUAGCUGUACAAUGUUACUACAAUGUGCAGGAGUUAAGCAAUUGCUACAACAUAUUACAGAAGAAAAAGAAAUUGGCAGUCAGAAAUUUUACAAAUACAACCAGGAGAAGACAUUGAGGUGGUUAAAGAAAAAGGUCAACCAGACAGUGAAAGUACUUAAAGGCAGCAACGUAUGUGUUGGUGGAAGGGUGCAGUCAGCUACAUUUAUCAGCAGUAAACAAAUCACAGAUGCUGAAGAGGAUUAUCUACGCUAUGCCCAUGGGUUAAUAUCAGAAUAUAUUCCUGAAGAUCUGAGUUUGGAGUUGUCAAAAUACUUACAGCUUCCAGAACUUGCAAGUUCCUCAGCAGAGCCCCCAUUGAAGAUGCCAGUACAAAGACGUCAGAGCAGGAAAUGAAGGGAACAUAAAGAGGCUUGGUUACAUUAUUUUAACUUCUCUUAAUCUCAAAGCAGCUUUUAAAGCCUUUUAUGCACUUUCUAAAAAUGUAUUUUUAACUGGGCACGCCUUAUUCUAAGAAAUGCAAUGCUCAACAGAUAAAUGUUAAAUGAGCAGUGUAUUAAAGUUAUGCUGCUUCAGAUUUUAUAGUUAAUGCCAUAUCAGUCGAUAGGGCCCUUCCAGGAAAGUACUUAAGCACAUGUCUAACUUUAACUUUUAAACACACAAGUAGUCUUCAUGCAAGCAAUGGGACUGCUCCCAUGGUUAAGUACAUUGCUGGAUCAGGGCUGAAGGUCUCGAUCCUGCAGAGUGUUGAGCACGCUGGCCCAAAUCCAGCAAAGCACUUAACACAGAUGUUUACCUUGAAGUAUGUGAGCUACUUAAUUGAUGUGUUUGCAUGUGUAAUACCCAUAAAAAUCCGUCUCAAUGGGAUAACUCGAACGCUGACACUUAAGCACAUGCUUAAGUUUAUUGCUGUGUUGAAGCCAGCAAUUCCCAUUUCAAAUAUGAAAUGAUUUAAAUAUUUCUUUAUAAUUUUGUUUGUUCGUUUUUGGGAAUUUUAUAACAAGUUUUAAAAUGUCAAAAAGUAACAUUUUAAUUGUUUUUCCAUUUCAAAAUUGUUCACUGAAUUCAGCCCGAAUAGUUUAUCAACCUGAACUUGCAUUUUUUCUCUAAAAAAUAUCACUCUGUCCUGAUUGUGUGAAAAUUCUUUAUCCCAACCACUUGAAACUUUAGCAACUUGAUUUAUAUCACUAUACAUUGUUAAAGCUUGUAUCAUCACUUUCAUCAUAAAGGCAGAGCUG